ACAAGAAAGUGUAGCCUAUAAAUCUCCGAUUAAUACACAACUCAACAGUCUGACAAACAACUUUCUUAGUUGCUUUUUACACAAAAUUUCUUGCAUUGCUUAUCUACCUUUUUCUUGCAAAUCAUGGCUCAGGAGAAGAUUGGUAUUGCCAAAGAUGUCACUGAAUUGAUUGGCAAAACCCCAUUAGUGUACCUUAACCAUGUUGUUGAUGGUUGUGUUGGCCGUGUUGCUGCCAAGUUAGAAAUGAUGGAGCCAUGCUCAAGUGUUAAAGACAGGAUUGGAUAUAGUAUGAUUACAGAUGCUGAGGCUAAGGGCCUUAUCACACCAGGAGAGAGCGUCCUGAUUGAGCCUACUAGUGGAAAUACUGGCAUUGGAUUAGCUUUCAUGGCGGCGGCUAAGGGAUACAAGCUUAUAAUUACUAUGCCUGCUUCAAUGAGCCUCGAGAGAAAGAUUAUUCUCCGUGCAUUUGGGGCUGAGUUGAUUUUGACAGAUCCUGCCAAGGGAAUGAAAGGUGCUAUCCAGAAGGCUGAAGAGAUAUUGGCUAAAACACCUAAUGCUUACAUUCUUCAGCAGUUUGAGAACCCUGCAAACCCAAAGAUACAUUAUGAAACCACUGGACCAGAGAUCUGGAAAGGCUCUGAUGGGAAAAUAGACGCCUUUGUAUCUGGAAUUGGUACUGGGGGAACAAUAACAGGUUCCGGAAAGUUCCUUAAAGAGCAAAAACCCGCCAUCAAGCUCUAUGGCGUUGAACCCGUUGAGAGUGCUAUUCUAUCUGGAGGAAAGCCUGGUCCGCAUAAGAUCCAGGGAAUUGGAGCUGGUUUUAUUCCCGGAGUACUGGACGUUGACCUUAUUGAUGAAGUUGUUCAAGUGUCAAGUGAUGAAGCCAUAGAAACUGCAAAGCUUCUCGCUGUAAAAGAAGGAUUGCUGGUGGGAAUAUCAUCCGGUGCUGCAGCUGCAGCUGCUAUUAAAAUUGCAAAGAGGCCAGAAAGUGCAGGAAAAUUGAUUGUCGUAAUUUUCCCGAGCUUUGGAGAGCGAUAUCUGUCCUCAGUGCUGUUUGAAUCUGUGAGACAUGAAGCUGAGAACAUGACUUUCGAAAUUUAAGUCCACAUUUUAGAUUGCAGUGCAAGUCUGCAAGAUGAUAUGGGAUUGGCGCUUCAUGAUAUUGGAUGAAUCGGUUUCGACAAAAAUAAUUAAGAUGCGUUCUGUUUAAGGUUUUUUGUUUUGCGGCAGAGGGAGAUGGUUGGUGCAUAGUUUGCAAGCCUGCAAUUUGUAUAUGACUUGUGUAAAAUUCCAGCUACUCCUAUAUUUCCCUCUUUGCAUGUAUCAAUCUUUCUGAAACUGAGGAUCGUGUCUUCAAUGUUAGCAGUGUUUUUUCUUCC